UUUCCAGUCGUAUAUAUGGAGACGCUGAGAGCAAGCACCAAUACAUCGACAUUACAUAUAUUUAAGCAAGAACUACCUUCUUCUGGCAUUGUAAAGCCCAUCUACCGUGUCAUCAUGGUGUUCUUAAGCCAAAUACUAUGUCGUGUGAAGCCGUUCAACUUUCGAAAACCCAUGUAUGCUUCAGAGUUCUGGGGAUAUGACAUGCCCACAAAAAGCAAAGCCGUCCCAAGACGAAAAAUGUUUCUCAUGGCCGCUCAUUUCUACUUACGGAGACGAACCAGCGCCAAAUUAGCGCAAAAUGCCAUAGCGAAAUCUCUGGAAAGAGCCACCAAGGCCCGACCCCAAAAGCGGAAGGACUUUCACUCGCUGAACAAUGCUCGCGUUGAGGCUGGUUUGGAAGAACUAAACUUUGACCAUUGGUAUUGGACCGAGGCCUUAGUGAGGUCUCAUAUUCACUUGGAUGCCAAUAUGUGUGCCAAUUUGGCCAUCUAUGAACCUCGAACCUUUCGUGCUUUGACGGGCAUUGCCUCUCAUAAAGUCAUGACUCCUCAAAAUCAAGGUGGAAUGGGAUUACCAGUGUGCGGACCGGGCAUCCAUGUGGUGUCCAAAGGACAAAUUUAAUUAUGAAAAUUUAGUCAAUAAAUAUGAAGUUGAGUCGACAGUC